AGAAAACGAGGAGCCUGAUACAGAAAACCCAGAAGCAAGCCGAAUGAAGCGAGCAGCUGCCAAGCAUCUCAUAGAGCGCUACUACCACCAGCUGACGGAGGGCUGCGGCACCGAGUCCUGCUCCAACUCAUGGUGCGCCUCGUCGCUGGGCUUCAGCCGCAUGGACAACAACGCGGCGGCGGUCAAAGCCCUGGAGCUCUACAAGGUCAACGCCAAGCUAUGUGACCCACACCCGUCCAAGAAAGGCACGGCCUCGGCCUACCUGGAGGGCAGCGCCCUCUGCAACAGGAAGAUGAACCACAGAGACGUCCACGCUGUGAGAGAUAAUUUUAAAGAUGUAAGUUACCUGACAGAGGAGAAGGUGUACGAGAUCUUGGACAUCUGUGGAGAGAAGAAAGAUUACUCCCCCCUGAUCCGGGUCAUAGGUCGGGUUUUCUCUAGCUCUGAGGGCCUGGUGCAGAGCUUCCGGAGGUCCAAACCUCACACCAAGGAGGAGCUGAAGUCUCUCCAGGGUAAGGACGAGGACAAGGAUGAAGAUGAAAAGGAGGCGGCUGCGUGUUCUGCUACAGCUAUGGAUGAGGACUCCCCCACCUCGUCUGCGUUGUCCAGGCUUGGAGAGGGAUCCUCAGGAGAAAAUGACGUCCAGAAGCUGGCCCCCGAUGAGGUGUCGGUGGACAUCGAAGCCGUGCGGCGGGUCUACGAGCGCCUCCUGUCCAAUGAGAAGAUCGAGGCUGCCUUCCUAAAUGCUCUCGUCUACCUCUCUCCGAACGUCGAGUGUGAUCUGGCGUACCACAACGUGUACUCCAGAGACCCCAACUACCUGAACCUGUUCGUCAUCGUGAUGGAGAACAGCAACCUUCACAGCCCUGAGUACCUGGAGAUCGCUCUGCCGCAGUUCUGCAAGGCCAUGAGCAAACUGCCUCUGGCAGCUCAGGCCAAGCUGGCACGCCUCUGGUCCCACUACAGCGCCGAGCAGAUCCGGAGGAUGAUGGAGACCUUCCAGCAGCUCAUCACUUUCAAGGUGAUCAGUAACGAGUUCAACAGCCGGAACCUGGUUAACGACGACGACGCAGUUGUGGCGGCCACCAAGUGCUUGAAGAUUGUUUACUAUGCAAACGUUCUUGGAGGCGACCUGGACGUGGAGAACAAUGAGGAGGACGAUGAUGAGCCGAUUCCGGAGUCCAGCGAGCUCACUCUGCAGGAGCUGCUGGGCGAGGAACGCCGGAACAAGAAAGGCCCUCGAGUAGACCCUGUGGAAACAGAGCUGGGAAUCCGCACCAACGACUGCCGGCAGCCGCUCAUCUCCUUCGAGGAGUUUGUCAACGAGCCGCUGAACGAGGUGCUGGAGAUGGACAAGGACUACACCUUCUUCAAGGUGGAGACAGAAAACAAGUUCUCUUUCAUGACGUGCCCCUUCAUCCUGAACGCCGUCACCAAGAACCUGGGUCUGUACUACGACAACCGCAUCCGCAUGUACAGCGAGCGGCGGAUCACGGUGCUCUACAGCUUGGUGCAGGGUCAGCAGCUGAACCCCUACCUGAGGCUGAAGGUCCGCAGAGACCACAUCAUCGACGACGCUCUGGUCAGGCUGGAGAUGAUAGCCAUGGAGAACCCUGCAGACCUGAAGAAGCAGCUGUACGUGGAGUUUGAAGGAGAGCAAGGCGUUGAUGAAGGAGGUGUUUCCAAAGAGUUUUUCCAGCUGGUGGUGGAGGAGAUCUUCAAUCCUGAUAUUGGGAUGUUUACGCACGACGAGCGGACGAGACUCUUCUGGUUCAACCCGUCAUCGUUUGAGAACGAGGGCCAGUACACGCUGAUUGGCAUCGUUCUGGGUCUGGCCAUCUACAACAACUGCAUCCUGGACGUGCACUUCCCCAUGGUGGUCUACAGGAAGCUGAUGGGCAAGAAGGGGACCUUCAGGGACCUGGCUGACGCUAAUCCAGUUCUGUGCCAGAGUCUGAAGGAGCUGCUGGAGUAUGAGGGCAGCGUGGAGGAUGACAUGAUGAUCACCUUCCAGAUCUCUGAGACGGACCUGUUCGGGAACCCGCUCAUGUACGACCUGAGGGAGAACGGGGACAAGAUUCCUGUGACCAACGACAACAGGAAGGAGUUCGUGACGCAGUAUUCUGAAUACAUUUUGAACAAAAGUGUGGAGAAGCAGUUCAAGGCGUUCCGACGGGGUUUCCACAUGGUCACCAACGAGUCUCCUCUCAAGUACCUGUUCAGACCGGAGGAGAUCGAGCUGCUGAUCUGUGGGAGCAGGAACCUGGACUUCCAUGCCCUGGAGGAGACGACAGAAUACGACGGGGGCUACAACAAAGACUCUCGAAUCAUCAAGGAGUUCUGGGAGACGUUGCACUUGUUCAGCGAGGAGCAGAAGCGCCUCUUCCUGCAGUUCACCACCGGCACCGACAGAGCGCCCGUGGGCGGACUCGGCAAGCUGAAGAUGAUCAUAGCGAAGAACGGUCCUGACACGGACAGGUUACCAACGUCCCACACCUGCUUCAAUGUUCUGCUACUGCCGGAGUACAGCAGCAAGGACAAGCUAAGGGAGAGACUGCUGAAAGCCAUCACCUAUGCCAAAGGGUUUGGCAUGCUCUGAGCCCCCCCCCCCCCCUCCCCCACACACUAACAGACCAUGAGCCCCCCGCCCCCAUCCUUUAUCAGACGCAGUCCAAACGGUGACCAGCGCACACCGGGGGGUGUUUGAGGAGAAACGGUGAAUAAUAAAAGGACAAAUGGUUCUAAGUGAGCGCUGUGCCUGCAUCAUCUUACAUGAGUCAGUGUUAGCACAGAAAGUACCCCCCCCCCCCCACGUCUACAUGUGUGUACAGAGAGGAUCACUUCCCUUCGUAUUUAUUUUAAGGUUGAAUGGCUUCCUGUCUGCUCGUAAAGGGGUGUAAAUGUGGGACAAAUGAAUAAAGAUCAGUUUAUUGAAGUAACCCUGAUCUAUUGAAUCCUGAAGAACCCGUCUAGCUUUAGAGGAGGACACACUCCACAACAAGGUAAGCGUCUGGAACCUCCUGUCCACUGGUCCAACAUGGCACAUGAUCAGACAUCUGUCCUCGCCUUCUGUUCCUGGGCCUUAGUUUGUCUCUUUCUGCGGGGGGUUGGGCGCACUGCUGGUUAGAGCUGUGUAAAGUGCACUUAGACAUUUUGAGAAUGUUUAUUUCUUUGGGCCACAGGCUGCCAUGAUU